GGUUGAUCAGACCACUGGUGGGCUCAGGGUACUGUAUGACGACUUAACCUUGAAGAGGACCUAUAUGGGUAGUGGCCUGGCAGCAGCUCGACAGGCGAUAAAGCAGGUUCGGGAUUACACGAGGAGAAUUGCCAUCCGAUCCUUUGAGUUGAGUUGCGAUAGACAGAUGGAGCACGAUGCACUGAGAGAGGUGGUGAGUGAUCUCUGUACAUUUGUUGAGGGGAAGGAGGUCCAGACUCUAGAGGAGGCCGAGGCGGUCCUCAGGAUUCAGGAAAAAGAGGCGAGUGAUUGGCGAGCCCAGGUUCAGAGGGUGCUCAGGGAGUAUGAGCCACCUGCUGACGCGACAGAUAGAGAUAGGCUCGAGCACAGGAUUGUCAUUGAGACUGUGCGAUCAUCUCAGUUGGAGAGUCAGGUAUCAACUCUUGUCAGGUUACGGCGAGAGACUGAGGAGCAGACACAGAGACUCUUCUAUGGGGAUGCGGCCACAGCCGGAUGGCAGGAGCAGGUUAGGAUGAGGAGACGGACAGGAGAGGAGAAUAUGCCUGAGGACGAGCGUACGCAGGCGGAGGAGGGGCUUCAGGUGAGAUUGUUGUCUGAUGCCUCAGUGCGAGAGUUGGUGGGAGUGAUGGAGCAUGUCAGGAGACUCACGCAAACCGAGGUUGCACGAGGAGAGGUGCUUCAGGGUGCAGUACAGAGGAUCAGUGCUCUGGAGCGGGAGAACAGAGGACUGAGGGACACGGUACGUGAUCUUGUCACCAGCGCCGAACGGGCAAGACAGUCCACCUCGAGGCUCGAGCAGAGGAUUACUGACCUAGAGGAGAGUCGGAGGCGUCAAGCCACGACAGAUGUGGUCGACGAGAGGAGGACUGAGGAGCAGCAGAUUCCUAUCAGACAGGCAUACGUCUCUCAUGAGGUAGAGCCAGGUGGAGUGAGGUUAGACAUCCCUCAGCGAGAUUCGCGGACGGAGGAGCCACUUGGGGCUAUGGGGAUGACAUGUGAGGAGGCAGUAGUCGUCGACAAGCUCAUGCUUGAGCCAGACGAGAUCGAAAGGAGGAGAGAGGCAAAGGCACGAGGUAUGGACUGGGUUCCUCCCUCAGAGUUGACUGCUUAGAGAGACGCAUGGAGAGAGAUGGAUGGUAGACACGACGAGCGAGAGAGGGUUUUUGAGUCUCGGGAUGUCAUGCCAGAG